UCCCCUCGUCCUCGGCGGCUCCUCCUUUGACCACCAACUCCGGCGGCGCCGUACGUCGCAGCCGCACGCCACCCGGAAAUACCUACAUGGGGCGACCGGCGCGCUCCCGUUCUCCAGCCACAGAGCCGCCUCCGGCGGUCACCGGCCUUCGCUCCUCCAAGAUCUCCUUUCGCUCCCGUAAGAUCGUCAAGACAGCAUCCGCGAAACCUUUGGCCACGACCGCCCUGGCACUAGCGCCGCAGGCGCCUCCGCCUCCAGUGCUUCCUGCGCUGUCGUCCCCCGGAGAGCUUGCGGCCGCGCUGCGCCACCUCCAAGCCGCGGACCCUCUCCUCACCGCGGUCAUUGCCAACACUGAGGCGCCCACCUUCACCGCCACACCCUCCCUCCCCGCGUUCCACUCCCUCGCGCGCUCCAUCCUAUACCAGCAGCUCGCGACCUCCGCUGCGGACGCCAUCUACGCACGCUUCCUUGCGCUCCUCCCCUCUGCUUCGGCGGCGGCCGCAGCCGUAGCCGCUGACGCGGUCACACCUGCCGCCGUCCUUGCCCUCGCCGCCGCUGACCUGCGUACCAUCGGCGUAUCCGGCCGCAAGGCAUCCUACCUCCACGACCUCGCGGCCAGAUUCGCAGCCGGGGAGCUCUCUGACUCCGCAGUCGCCGCGAUGGAUGAGGCUGCGCUCCUCGCGGAGCUCACCAAGGUCAGAGGCGUCGGCGAGUGGACUGUCCACAUGUUCAUGAUCUUCUCGCUGCACCGCCCCGACAUUCUGCCGUGUGGCGACCUCGGUGUGCGCAAGGGCGUGCAGGAGCUGUACAAGCUCAAGUCGCUGCCCAAUCCGGAGGAGAUGGCAGCAUUGUGCGAGCGGUGGAGGCCAUACCGGUCAGUCGGCGCGUGGUACAUGUGGCGCCUCAUGGAGAGCAAGGGCGCUGCGUCCAAGAAGAAGAAUAAGGGUAAUGCGAGCUCUUAGUUAGGUAUGUAUAUGUAUGUGAUGGUAGUUCUUGUCCCAAAGCUGUUAAAUUUAGGCCAUCUCCGGCAGCUUACCUAUAACCAUACUCAUAUUCAAACUAUACUCUAUAAACAGUGCAAUCUACAAUAUAAAACGAUGCAAAACGUUGUUUUUAGUGAUCAUAUAGGUGCAAUGUACAGUAAUUCACCCGUAUGGUCACAAAAAACACAUUUUGCACUGUAGAUUGUAUUAUUUGUAGAGUGUAGUUUAAAUAUGAGUAUGAGUAAGCUGCUUUAGCUGAUUCUGGGGUACAUGGUGUCCCUGUCCCAGAUUUGUGACAGUCUGUGUUCAAAUCAGAGUUAUUGCAGACUUACAACUGAAGUUGAUUAGUUUUAGAGUCAAUUGCAUGUUGUAAACUUGUGAUUUUAUUAGAUAUUCAUAAUUGAUGCAGCUAAGUUAAUGG